GACUACAAUUCAGAAAGCAUCAACUUUUCUCGAUGGACCCAUUCAUCAAAUGAAAUAUGCCUGUUCUAUAUUCAAAGCUUUGUACUUCAUCAUGGAAAAAUUUACCCCCCCUCAAAAUGAAAAUGAGAACAUUUGAGAAGGUGAUUUAAGGUGUAGACAUUUGAGAAAGUGUCCCAUCAAAUCAGUGAACCAAAGGAUAAGUACUGAGUAGAUAAAUCCUAAACAGGUAUUUUCUUUUAAACCAGGAGGAUUUCAUUUUGACAGAAAAACAACUUUUAUUCAGUAUGUAUUUUCUGAAAUUAAAAGAGAGAGACAAGAAUAGACUUAAAAUAGAGGAAGAUGUUUAGUAAAUAAGCAAUGUCGUCUCUUUUCUGGUGAGGAUAAUUCAGUGACGUUAAAUCCUUUCCAAAUCACUAGUUGUGGUCCUAAAGACAAGACUCUUUUUUGAUGGGACUGAUAAUUAAGGGAAGUAGGACCUUUUGUGAAUUCAGCUCACAGUUGUAGAACUUAAAAUCAUCGGCAUGAGUGGCUUAAAAGAGGAAAUAAGGAAGCUUUCAACUAAAUCCAAAAGUACAGUCAUUUUUUUACUGCUGUGAUUUUAAAAGCCUCUUCAUAACCAUUGAAAUAGAAUUGACAACUAUUUUCAAAGAUUAAAGAAAGGCAGAUGUCUGCAAACAGUUCCCCUCCAUCAGCCCAGAAGUCUGUAUUACCCGUAACUCUUCCUGCUGUGCUUCCAACUCCUUCUCCGUGUUCAAGUCCUAAGACAGGACUCUCUGCCCGACUCUCUAAUGGAAGCUUCAGUGCACCGUCACUCACCAACUCCAGAGGCUCAGUGCAUACAAUUUCAUUUCUACUGCAAAUUGGUCUUACACGGGAGAGUGUUACCAUUGAAGCCCAGGAACUAUCUUUAUCUGCUGUCAAGGAUCUUGUGUGCUCCAUUGUUUAUCAAAAGUUUCCAGAGUGUGGAUUCUUUGGCAUGUAUGACAAAAUUCUUCUCUUUCGCCAUGACAUGAAUUCAGAAAAUAUUUUGCAGCUGAUUACCUCAGCAGAUGAAAUACAUGAAGGAGACCUAGUAGAAGUUGUUCUUUCAGCUUUGGCCACAGUAGAAGACUUCCAGAUUCGUCCACAUACUCUCUAUGUACAUUCUUACAAAGCUCCUACUUUUUGUGAUUAUUGUGGUGAGAUGCUCUGGGGAUUGGUACGUCAGGGACUGAAAUGUGAAGGCUGUGGAUUAAAUUAUCAUAAACGAUGUGCCUUCAAGAUUCCCAAUAACUGUAGUGGAGUAAGAAAGAGACGUCUGUCAAAUGUGUCUCUGCCAGGACCUGGCCUCUCAGUUCCAAGACCUCUGCAGACUGAAUAUGUAGCCCUUCUCAAUGAAGAGUCACAUGUUCACCAAGAACCAAGUAAGAGAAUUCCUUCUUGGAGUGGUCGCCCAAUCUGGAUGGAAAAGAUGGUAAUGUGCAGAGUAAAGGUUCCACACACAUUUGCAGUUCACUCUUAUACUCGUCCCACAAUAUGUCAGUACUGCAAGCGGUUACUGAAAGGCCUCUUUCGCCAAGGAAUGCAGUGUAAAGAUUGUAAAUUCAACUGCCAUAAACGCUGUGCAUCAAAAGUACCAAGAGACUGCCUUGGAGAGGUUACUUUCAAUGGAGAACCUUCCAGUCUGGGAACAGAUACAGAUAUACCAAUGGAUAUUGACAGUAGUGACAUGAACAGUGAUGGUGGUCGAGGCUUGGACGACACAGAAGAAGCAUCUCCCCCAGAAGAUAAAAUGUUCUUCCUGGAUCCAUCUGAUCUUGAUGUGGAAAGAGAUGAAGAAGCUGUUAAAACAAUCAGUCCAUCAACAAGCAAUAAUAUUCCGCUAAUGAGGGUCGUACAGUCCAUCAAGCACACAAAGAGGAAGAGCAGUACGAUGGUGAAGGAAGGGUGGAUGGUCCAUUACACCAGCAGAGACACUCUGAGAAAAAGGCAUUAUUGGAGACUUGACAGCAAAUGUCUAACAUUGUUUCAAAAUGAAUCUGGAUCGAAGUAUUAUAAGGAAAUUCCACUUUCAGAAAUUCUCCGCAUAUCUUCGCCACAAGAUUUCACAAACAUUUCACAAGGCAGCAACCCACACUGUUUUGAAAUCAUCACUGAUACUGUGGUAUACUUUGUUGGUGAGAACAAUGGGGACAGCUCUCACAAUCCUGUUCUUGCUGCCACUGGAGUUGGACUUGAUGUAGCACAGAGCUGGGAAAAAGCAAUUCGCCAAGCUCUCAUGCCUGUUACCCCUCAAGCAAGUGUUUGCACUUCUCCAGGGCAAGGGAAAGAUCACAAAGAUUUGUCUACCAGUAUCUCUGUAUCUAAUUGUCAGAUCCAGGAGAAUGUGGACAUCAGUACCGUUUACCAGAUCUUUGCAGAUGAGGUGCUUGGUUCAGGCCAGUUUGGUAUUGUUUAUGGAGGAAAACAUAGAAAGACUGGAAGGGAUGUGGCUAUUAAAGUAAUUGAUAAGAUGAGAUUCCCCACAAAACAGGAAAGUCAACUCCGUAAUGAAGUGGCUAUUUUACAGAAUUUGCACCAUCCUGGGAUUGUAAACCUGGAAUGUAUGUUUGAAACCCCAGAACGAGUUUUUGUAGUAAUGGAAAAGCUGCAUGGAGAUAUGUUGGAAAUGAUUCUAUCCAGUGAGAAAAGUCGACUUCCAGAACGAAUUACUAAAUUCAUGGUCACACAGAUACUUGUUGCUUUGAGGAAUCUACAUUUUAAGAAUAUUGUGCACUGUGAUUUAAAGCCAGAAAAUGUGCUACUCGCAUCAGCAGAGCCAUUUCCUCAGGUGAAGCUGUGUGACUUUGGUUUUGCACGCAUCAUUGGUGAAAAGUCAUUCAGGAGAUCUGUGGUAGGAACCCCAGCAUACUUAGCUCCUGAAGUUCUCAGGAGCAAAGGUUACAACCGUUCUCUAGAUAUGUGGUCAGUGGGAGUUAUCGUCUAUGUGAGCCUCAGUGGCACGUUUCCUUUUAAUGAAGAUGAAGAUAUAAAUGACCAAAUCCAAAAUGCUGCCUUUAUGUACCCACCAAAUCCAUGGAGAGAAAUUUCUGGUGAAGCAAUUGAUCUUAUAAACAACCUACUUCAAGUGAAGAUGAGAAAACGUUACAGCGUGGACAAAUCUCUUAGUCAUCCCUGGCUACAGGACUAUCAGACUUGGCUUGACCUUAGAGAAUUUGAAACUCGCAUUGGAGAACGUUACAUUACACACGAGAGUGAUGAUGCCCGCUGGGAAAUACAUGCAUACACACACAACCUUGUAUACCCAAAACACUUCAUUAUGGCUCCCAAUCCAGAUGAUAUGGAAGAAGAUCCUUAAUUAUCAAUGAGCUAACUUCAGUAAGGAAGGUUUUCAUUUUAUGGACUGACAUUUUGCUGCACAACUGUUGUUCUUUGUAGGUUGUCAUCUGCAAGGAUGCAAAGACAUGAGGAAAUAUGAUAAGAAAUUGGUGACACCAAUACUGUAGUUCAUAAUGAGUAGGUACAAGAGGGGAAACUGAGUAAUAAAAACACAUAAUGGAACCAAGAUGAAGCUUUUCAUAAAUUUUUAUAGCAUAAGCAAUAACUGGUUUUUGUAUCUUUUCCUAAUACUUCACUUUAGUACAAUAGUGGCACUUAAUUUAUCUUCCCUUUCCUGUUCUUAUGUUAUUUUUAAAACAGGAGAAAAAGGCAAGCUAGAGUCCAGUUAGUACAUAGCUUGACCACAUCAUACAAGAGUCGUAAGGUUGAUUACUCAACAGGUUGCAUUUAAGAGAUAACUGAGAGGUCACCAGUACAUGAUUUCCUAUAAGGACUUUUAAACAUUUGUGUAACUGACCAUUGAGGGGUUUUUCCUAGAUGUCUAGAGUAGGAGUGCCGCACUGUUUCACCUU